CGCCCGCCCCUUCCCGCUGCCCACGGGCGAUCCGCCGGGCGCGCCUCGUCCCCCGGGCCGCCGACCCCCGGCCCCGGGCUCUCCCCCCUUUCUCCUCCUCCUUCUCCUUCUCCUCUCCCCUUCCCCUCUCCCUCCCCUUUCCUGGCCGGGCUGCGCCCCCCCGGCCGGCCCCGGCAUGAGCAUCUCCAUCCCGGCGGGGCUGACGGAGCUGCUGCAGGGCUUCACGGUAGAGGUGCUGCGGAGCCAGCCCGGGGACCUGCUGGAGUUCGCCCUCCAGUACUUCGGGCGCCUCAAGGAAGAGGCGGCGACCGCCAAGGCGGCGGCGGAGAAGGAGCCGAGCGGCCGCAGAGCAGGCACCGGCCAUGACAGGGGCACCCAGCCGCCUCGCCGGGGCCCCCCCGACGCCCGCGGGGUCAACUUCGCCGAGGAGCCCAUGCAGACCGACUCCGAGAGCGGCGAGGACGAGCAGCCGCCGCCGCCGCCGCCGCCGCAGCAGUUCCCGGCUCCAGCGGUAAACAGAUUCACCAGACGUGCAUCAGUGUGUGCAGAAGCUUACAAUCCUGAUGAGGAAGAGGACGACGCAGAAUCUAGGAUUAUUCACCCCAAAACAGAUGAUCAAAGAAACAGACUGCAGGAGGCGUGCAAGGACAUCCUUCUUUUUAAGAACCUAGAUCCGGAACAGAUGUCUCAGGUGUUAGAUGCGAUGUUUGAAAAGAUGGUUGAAGGAGGGGAACAUGUGAUUGAUCAAGGGGAUGAUGGUGACAAUUUCUACGUCAUUGACAGAGGUACAUAUGAUAUUUAUGUAAAAUGUGAUGGUGUUGGGAGAUGUGUUGGAACCUAUGAUAACCGAGGAUGUUUUGGUGAGUUGGCCUUAAUGUACAACACACCCAGAGCAGCUACAAUUAUAGCUACCUCUCCUGGUUCCAUCUGGGGUUUGGAUAGGGUAACAUUCCGAAGAAUCAUUGUAAAAAACAAUGCCAAAAAGAGAAGAAUGUAUGAAAGUUUUAUUGAGUCAUUGCCAUUCCUUAAAUCUUUAGAAGUGUCUGAGCGUUUAAAAGUGGUUGAUGUGAUUGGUACCAAAGUGUACAAAGAUGGAGAACAAAUCAUUGCUCAGGGUGACUUGGCUGAUUCUUUCUUUAUUGUGGAAUCUGGAGAAGUAAGGAUUAUAAUGACAAGGAAGGGUAAACAAGAUCUAGAAGAGAAUGGAGCAGUAGAAAUAGCUCGAUGCUCAAGAGGACAGUAUUUUGGAGAACUUGCUCUUGUAACUAACAAACCCCGAGCUGCUUCUGCAUUUGCUCUUGGCACUGUCAAAUGUUUAGUUAUGGAUGUGCAGGCAUUUGAAAGGCUUUUGGGACCUUGUAUGGAAAUUCUGAAAAGGAACAUUGCAAACUAUGAAGAGCAGCUCGUUGCUCUUUUUGGAACAAACAUGGACAUUGCUGACACCAGUGCAUGAACUAAACAUUGGAGCAACAAGAUCUGUUAUGAGAAUAUAGCACAGUAGUGGUUAGUCCACUGAGAAAUUGUCUCUCUUCCUAUAGAUGCCAAGCAUUUUCUGUGAUUUUAAGAAUGGGAUUGGGGUUUUUUGGUUUGGUUUGCUCUUGGUUGGGUGGUUCUUUCGUUUUUGUUUAUUUCGUUGUUUUUUUUUUUAAAUUAUGACAGUGGAAAUACUAGUUAAGAAAAUAGCAAUUCAAAGAAUUGAGGGCUUGAUUUUUAAAAGUGCUCAGAAUCGAUGGUUCCAUCUGAUACAAAGACAUCCCGUAGUAGCACAGUACCUUUGAAAAUCAAGUCCUUGAACACAGCAUUUCCUUAAAGAAUAGAUUUUUUAAAAAAAACCCACAUGUGAUGAACUUGUUAAACCAGCUUCUGUUCUUCAAAAAGGUUACAUCUUUUCUGGAAAGACUGUUAGUUUGAAUGUGAUAUGUUGAAAGUAUUAGUGCACACAAAGUGUUUAUAUGUAUUAAUACAGAAGAUAUACAGUAGAUAUUACUUUUUGACUAUUACAGUUGUCAUGAUUUUAUGUUGCAUUUAUCACAGAUGUAGUGAAUCACAAGAUUAAUCAUAAGAUAAAGCAUGACAAUGCGUUUUGUGUAACGCUCAUGACCCAAAUCUGGUUUUUAACAUUUCAUAAUUUGUUUUAAAGUCCUCUUUGUUUAAUAUGUCAUGUUUCAGCACGACAUUGUAAUAUCUUAUGCAAUUUAGAGGACUUGUAUAUUUUUGCAAUAAACUGCAUUUUUUAUUAGUUACAUGAAUUCUGUACAUGAGUGAGGACAGCUGACAAAUUUACCUUAAUGCUUUCAAAGCAAAGGCAUGGGUCAUUGUCAUGUUCUACCUAAUCAUACAUAACCUAUAUUGUUUUCCUUCUCCCUUGUUUUAUAUUUAUGCAUUUUGUCUUCUCUAUUUAUGCUUGUUCUCUAGUAAAUUUUUUUUUUAGGUAUCACCUUUUUUACUGUUAAAUCUGUUUCAAGUGAAAUUAUCUCUGUAUAUCUCUCUUCCUGCAGUCUAAUCUUAGCUAUCAAAGAUCUGAGUCAAUUACUGAAGUGAUUGAUAUCAAAAGCCAUGCUAAACUAAGCUUGUCCUUGAAAAUCCUUAACAGGAAGUGCAAAAAUAUUUUUAAUUUGAAAGAUCAGUACUUCCAAAGCUUUGCACACAUCUGUUAUCCUUAAAGCUAACAUGUCUUGCUUUCAAAAACCUGUAGGUCAUCAUGAAAUAAUGUUUUCAGCCAUAAUAGCAUGGGAUACCUUCUGAGACUGAGGAGAGAGAAUAUCAUCUUAAUUAUGAGCACAGGGCUCAUUGCUUACGAGGGUCUGUGACUGGAAAUUUCAGGCACAGUCCAAUUUCAAUCCUGCUUACUGACCUGUCUGUUGAUGUUCAUGGACAGCCAGUGCACAUACUGGCGAUGGGCAGCUCUGCCAAAAUGACACUGCAAGAGUUGUAGGAAGGCUGCUUGUGCCCUGAUUCAAACACCUGAAUUAUAACAUCUUUCCUUCUUAGAUACUGACUUUUCUAAUGCCAUAUAUUUGUGUAUGUUGAUGUAAUCAUUAUGCUGCAGUUAGUGAUAUGUUCUGACAAUUAAUAUAAUCAUACAUGUAUAUGAAAUUAUGAUUAUAUAAUAUAACAAUAUAUAAUUUAUAUCAUAUAAUAUGGUAUAAAUUAUAAAUCAGAUUCCUAACAAAAUACAAUCUGAACAAAAUUUACAAAUGUAUUUUUUUUUACCUAGAAACCUGGUAUGAAUAAUUGCACAUAUGAUAACUUGCCUUUGUACUUUUGAUUUAUGGGAAAAAGAGAAGCCUGUUAUACUAGAAGGAAAUAUCAGGUGACCAAAAUCUACACUCUUGUCAUUCUGUAUGCUUAAUCUCUAAAAGCUACCUAUAUUUUGCACUGGCUUAAUGUGAUUAAGAAAAAUGCUAGAAAUUACUUGUAUGGCAGUAAACUACAAUCAAGGCCAUAAAUGCCAGUCAUGAUAUUUUCAAUAUUGUUGGUUAUAUUUAAAGUUUCCUUACAAUAAACAACACUUUUAUAUAUAAAAAUCUACAUUUAUUGAUAUUGUUUUUGUCUUUUAAUUCUAUUACCAUAAAGUUACAAGUGACCUAUUUAUGUUCAUUUAUUAAAAAAAAAAUCAUAAUUCUUAACACUUUCAUGCUGAUUUUCAUAAAUGGCAUUAUGUGGAUGCUCUGUCUACUCAGAACAGACAACACGUUGAUGCAGUAAUUGUCAUAAUUACUUUAUUUAAUGAUUUGCUUGUAGUUUAUAGCUGGGAAAAAGCUGUGGAGUAACAAAUUUAGGAUAAUCAGAGACUGGGUUUUCUGAGUCCCAAAAUACAGUUUCAUGUUGCAGCAGUUUUACUGUGUUGCUGUUGAGCACUGAAUGAUUUCUGAAAUUUUCUUUGUUGAUAAAUUCAGGGGGGCUGAACCGACAGUAACAUGUUAUCACUCUUCAAAUUUCAUCCAAAUCAUUAUAUCCUUCCUCUUUUUCCUGGUUCUCUUCAUAUGUACACUUCAAACAUGCUAGGCUUCAUGUCAUAAAUGUGGUGAGUGUUAAUCCUAAGAAUGAAAUCAUAUCAAGUUACUGAUUUUUUUUUACAGACCUUUCAAUAAAAAGUAGACAAUGCUAAUAAUUUUAAACAA